UUCUCUCUUACCAAAGAAAAACAUGAGGCCCAAAGGCCUAACAGGCUAACAGCCCAAUUUCAAACAACACUCAAGACUGAACCUGUAAACUUCAGAAUUCAGAUCCUGUUUUUCUCUCUCCUCCAUUUUUUCCCAGGUUGAUCAUAGAUCAGUAGAUCACAUUCUUAAAUUGGAAAAAUCAAUUUCAUUUUUUAAAAAAAAUAAAAUAAAAAACCCACUGAAAAACCUCCAUUAACAUCAAUUAAGAAAUACCCAACAAAAUCAACUAACUAACUGUGUCACUACAAUCAAAAUCAUCCCCAAAAAAGUUGCAAAAUUCUCAAAUUUAGUCGGGCGGGUUGUGGUAAUCGGGUCAGGUGGGUAGGAUGUCGGAUCUGAGUAUGGAGUUGCAGGAAUCUGGGUGGGAAGAGCUCCGAAAAGAAGCCCGGAAGAUUGAAGGUGAUCUUGAUGUUAAGCUUUCUUCUUAUGCUAAGCUUGGUGCUCGUUUUACCCAAGGUUAUGCGGAUACUGGAUCACCAACAGUGAGCUCCAGCAGGUCAUGGAAGUCUAUGGAAAUGGAAAUCCAGUCUUUACUUGAAAAGCUAGUUGACAUAAAUGAUUCAAUGGGCAGAUGUGCUGCAUCAGCUGCUCCCACGACAUCGGUAACUCAAAAACUGGCAAGACACCGAGACAUACUUCAUGAGUUUACCCAGGAGUUCAAGCGUAUCAAAGGAAAUAUAAGUUCAAUGAAGGAACAUGCAGAGCUUCUUAGUUCAGUGAGAGAUGAUAUUAGUGAGUACAAGGCAUCAGGGACUAUGGCUCCUAAUGCGCAGUUGCUGCGAGAAAGAGGUGCAAUUCAUGGAAGUAUAUCUCAUAUAGAUGAGGUAAUAAAUCAAGCUCAGGCAACAAGGUCAGUUUUAGGUUCUCAGAGGGCAUUGUUUGGCGAUGUUAGAGGAAAAGUGAAGGUUUUAAGCGAGAAAUUUCCUGUCAUUCGUGGUGUACUUGGCUCAAUCAGAAGGAAGCGCUCCAGAGAUACACUCAUUCUCUCUGCAGUCAUUGCCGCUUGUACUUUGUUCCUUAUUAUCUAUUGGCUCUCAAAAUGACAGUAAACAUUUCUGGAAAUAGGAAGGAAAAAAAUACAUGUGUUAUUGUUAAUUGUCAUCUGCAGAAUUUUUUGUGUUUUUGCUUCUGUGACUUGCUGGUAAUAUAUAGGUCAAAUGAACUCUUACAGUUGAAAUAUCUAAGAGAUCAAGAAGAGGAUUUUCCCUUGCUUUC